CUCUCAUAUUCUCUUUUAACUUGUUUAUUCUAACAUCUUCCUGCGCUGAAGAUUUUUCUUAAAUGUGGACAGAUAGUGAGAGAUGUUGGGUCAAAGGAGAGCUGUGGCAGGUGUCUGGAGGAUGCAGUGAAUGUGGAGGGAGUUUGAAUGCCUGUAGGAGUUUGUAUGUUCAGUCUUGAAGAGUCUACUUCCGCUGCAGUGAAAAAGGGGCCGUAAUGGCCUUGACAUGCUGGUAGGGAGGACAGACCAGGCCUCACAUGAUUGUAGUUUUUAGAUAUUAUGGAUGUUUUAAGGGGUCUACCAAGUAAGAGAGGUAAUGGUGAGAUCAGAGUGUAAAUAUCAGAGGUUUGCUUCACUGAAUUGGAGAAGUACACAGGCAAGGGUGUGGCCUUUCAUUCGAAAAUAAAAUGUGAGCAUCAGGGGGGAAGUGGAAAGCCACAUUAGCACAUAGAGGAUUCAGUGCAUUGUUUGAUUUUGAAGGAGGAUGUUGUUUGCAAUGUGAACUUUCUGUUUGCAUGAAAAAACUAUUUAAAUUUCUGCUUUUUUAAAAUGGAACAUAAAAGAAUGUCCUAACACUUCAGCUUUAACAACCUGCACCCACCAUCAUGCACUGAAAGGAAGGAAACAGCAGCAGCUAAACUGUCAAAUCUGUGAAAUGUACGGCAACUCUACAAAGUCAGCGGCACUUUAACCGAGUUGGUCAACACAUCCAGGAGUCAGUCGGCCUGAUUGUCACGAGCAGCUGGUCGGUCUGAAUGUGAGCUGAGGACAGCUCAGAGGACAAGAUGAGGAGAAAUCGGAGGAAAGGAGGGAACAAAGAGAAGGUGUUUGGAUGUGAUCUGCUGGAUCACCUGAACGCCUCUUCUCAAGAGAUCCCGCUGGUGUUGAGAUGUUGCAGUGAGUUUGUUGAGAAAAAUGGAAUAGUGGACGGUAUCUACAGGUUGUCUGGCGUGUCAUCCAACAUACAGAAGCUACGGGGUGAGUUUGAAGGCGAUGGGAGUCCAGAUCUGAACAAGGAUGUGUACCUGCAGGACAUCCACUGUGUCAGCUCUCUGUGUAAAGCUUAUUUCAGGGAGCUGCCCAACCCUCUGCUCACGUACCAGCUGUAUGACAAGUUCGCUGAGGCCGUGGCUAUCCAGUUGGAGGAGGAGAGGCUGGUAAAGAUUAAUGAUGUGCUGAAAGAACUACCAACACCACAUUAUAGGACUCUGGAGUUUCUGAUGCGUCAUCUUGUCAGAAUGGCCUCCUAUUCAUCGGAAACAAACAUGCACGCCAGGAACUUAGCCAUUGUCUGGGCUCCUAAUCUUCUCAGGUCAAAGGACAUUGAGGUUUCUGGCUUUAACGGUACAGCAGCCUUCAUGGAGGUCAGGGUUCAGUCCAUCGUGGUGGAGUUCAUCCUCACACAUGUCGCUCAGCUGUUUCCUGCACAAGGUGUUUCAAGUGAGAGAAGGAACUCGCUCCCUUCGCCGACAGCAGCGUCCUGUCGGGGGGAAGGAUUUUUCAAGUCUGCUUCCACUCAGCCUGUCCCAAACUUUGGCAACAUCAGUCCAGGAGACGGACCUCUGCCCAUCAGACCUUACCACGCUAUUAUUGAAGGCACAGACAAGAGGAAAGGAUCUCUGAAAGGCAGAAAAUGGAUGUCAAUUUUCAACAUUGGAGGACGACUCCCUGACCCUCGACGGAGACACAAACACUCAGCCAAAGAGAAAGACCGAUCAUCACUGAGACCUGCCAGAAGCAUGGACUCCCUCAGUACAUCUCCAUAUCCCAAUGAAGGAUCUAAACGUCCUUCCCAGCGCCCACCUUCCACCUCAUCCCCUCCUGCCACCGCCUCCACCACACCUAGCUCUGAUGUCACUGUAACCACCCCAGCGGUAAGCGGCAGUGAAUAUGCGGUGACGUACCGCAGAGGGACGGGGUUAGUGAGUGGGGGAGCAGGGACUCAGGGGACCUACACCUCCUUAGACCCUGAAGGUUUAGGAGUCAUAGGGAGUGAAAAUCUGCAAUCCAGAUCCCCAGGACUCUCCACCAAAGUGGGCCGAAGAGCAGCGAUGCACAUCACUGGACCCACUUUAGUCACUGUGCCUCUCCACAUCACCUCCAACCUGGCGUUAGGGGUGCUACAAAGAGGCGGGGCAGACAGGGUUAUACACAGAGGCAGGGAGAAGGAUGGGGGAGACAGGGUGGAGGGUAAGGAGGGGGGAGAGAGGAAGGAAAGCGUAGUGAUGGAGAGGAAGAAGGGGAAAGACAAGAAGGUAGAGGAGGAGAAUAAUCACAGUGAAGCUGUGGAAGCAGAUGGGAAAACAGAGGAAGGAGGUGGUGAUGAUGAGGAAGGAGGUGAAGAGAAGAAAGAGGAGAAGGAGGAGGUCAGAGAAAAAUAUAAACGGGAUCCAGAGCUGCUGAUGAGGAGCCGAAGUGUGUCCAGAGAAAAACGAACUAAAAGUGUGACGUCCAACAAAGAUGAAGGUCAUGAUGAAGAUGCUGCAGGAGAAGAGGAUAUCGAUUACGACGACGAGUACAUGGAUAUGAAAGAUGUGAUGGAGGUGACUCACCAAGGGGAAGUUUUUGAUACUUCUGACGUUUUGAACUCUACUGAGAUGGAAGGAGACGAUCUGGGACUGUCAGGAUACGUUCAAGACAAUUUUGAAUUCCUGGACCAAAUGGACUGUGGCGUCCUCGACCACAUGGACUGUGGCGCCCCCUACCAGGUGAAUGAGUUCUCUGUGGAACCUCCCGGUCACUCAGAUGAUGAGUAUGAAGUCAUGGAGCAAUAUCACUCCUCGGAUUAUCUCUCAGAGGAGCAGCAUUCAGGCCCUGAAGCACAAACACAGAGUCCCGCAGAGUUAAACAAACACAGACCGCUCAGCAUGGACUCUUACAGCAGGCAAGCAAAGUCUUGCAGCUUACCGUACAUGACCUCACCUGUGCGCGGAGCCGAGGACUCCAGCUCUGAGGAGGUAGAGGAGGAUGACUCUGAUGCAUACAGCAGUGAGGAUGAUGAAAACAUGUUCACUCAAAGCCUUCCGAGUGAUUACUUUUUAGAUGGUCUGACCGGGUUUCAACCAGGCGCUGGCAGAACAGACAGAAACAAUGAUGGGAUUACUGAGCAUCAAGAGGAAAGAGACAGCCCAUCAGCGAACGCUGAGUUUUCAGCACGUAAAGAAUCAACAGCAGAAGAGCAGAAGCAGGUAGAAGGGGAAGACGCUGCUCAACUGGAAGAAGAGGAUGUAACAGAGGAGGAAGAGGAGGUUCACGGAGGAAAAGACGGACAAGAACACAAAAGACAAAGAAAAGCAUCAGAGAAAGAUCACUGUGUCGUUGAAGAUACUCAAAGUGAACAACAGCCCCUCAGUUUGGAGGUGUCCACAUGUCUCUGCUCUGAGGAUCCCGUACAGAGCAGCGAGGAAUUAGACAACUUGGAUGUUGUCACUGUCAAGGAGAAGGAAACAGUUGAUGAUCCUCACAGUGAUUAUCCAGCUUUUACAGAUUCUUCUGUGAAAGUAGAAGAAACUAAUGCAACCCUUGAAGAGUUUGUUGACUUUUCUGUAAGCACAACAGAGGAGCCAAGAACCCACGAUAGAGGAGGCAGUGAUGAAGAGGAGGACAGGGAAAUGUUUGUAGGAAUACUAGAGAGCGAUGGUUGCACCAGAGAGGAAACAAUCAUGCACAAUCAUGAGGAGAUGGAUGAGAGAGAACAUGAAGGAAAGAUGGAGGAGGAUGGCGAAGAGAGGGAGACUGAAAGUUGGGAUACGCUGGAGGAUGUUGUAGAUGGAGGAAAGAAAAAUGAGACAGAAGUUAGUAUAGAGACCGAGACAACUAUAGAAAAGCUCCAAGACCUAGAAGAGCAGCAACAUAGUGAUGAUCUAGAUAAAGCCAUUCAAGAGAUGUUUGUCGUUAGCAAAGAAGCACAACAAAGAGGCAGAGAAAAUGUCAUUUCAGAGCAAAAAGAAGAAGAGAAUGAAAGCAACAUGAGGGCAGGUGAGCAGCGUAUUAGAAUACAAAGUUUAGAUAAAGAUUUUAAAGAGGUCAGGUUGAACACAAAGGCUCUGAGAGAGGCUAAAACACACGAGAUGAGUGACAGCAGCAAAGGUGGAGUUGGCAGUAAAGUGGUCGUCUCCAAACAACCAAAGUUUUACCAAGUCAAAGCCGUGCCUGUCGUGCCUCCAAAGCCGCAGCACUGCAAAAUCACCGCCAUGACCAUCAAACACCAACAGCUGCAGAGAGAGAGGAGGGACGCUGAAAGAGGGAGAGAAAACACAGCGAAAGUCUGUGCAGGAGGACCGGAGAAAGAAGAAGACGACGAAGAAAGCGAAGAAGAAGGGAGAAAGGAGAAGCCUGAACUUAGGGGAGGAGAGAGGGAGAGGAGGAGGGAUGUGGAUGAAGGUUUCCCAAACAGAAACAGUCCCCUCAGCAUGAAUUUUGAAGAGGCUGUUGCUAUAGCGACUAUGAGGCGGGGGAAGGAGAAAGAAUGCGAGAAGGAGAGGCAGAGAGAUUGGGGAAAUGAAGUACAGUAAAGAUAAUUGUUCAUUCUCAGCAUUGAUUUAAACUGAUUUAUCUUUGCAAACUAGCUUUCUAUGUGUAGCAUAAAGGGUUAAACAUACCCUUUAAAGUUGGUUUAUUUUCUUUCAUUGUAAAUUAAAGAAACAGAACUUUUUAUGUAAUGCUACUUGAUAUAUUUAGGUUUUUUUAUUUCAGGUGUGAAAACUUGGUUCAACUAAAGUAAAUUUUCCAUUUAUACCACAGACAACGGUUAAAGGGAUACUUCAACAUUUUGGCAAAUUC